UGCGAGUCCGAUAAAAGACAGAAGUUGAAUUUGCUUGCCCUUCACUCCAUCAGUUUUAUAGAUUGAAAGGCUAAUGCAAGUGUAAUUAAAUUCGUAAUGAAGUAUUUUAUUUCACAAUUCAAACUGCAGGUGAAACUGAACAACCAUCAGGAAAAUGAUUGUUUCCUCGAGUCGUUAGUUACCAGCAUCUCUAGGAUACUCUGUUUCACAAAGCUAAACCAUAAUGGUAAAGCAAUGGACGCAGCAUUCUCAACUCCGCACUGGUUAACAAAAGCAAAAGAAGCAGUUGAGAAUUCAAAGGAGUGGAAAUGCUUCACUGCCGAGCUGUUUGAGGUGCUGCGGCAGCAGCUUGCAGAGAGCUCUGUGAGCAUGUUCUCUGAUCUCUGCGAAGCUGAGAAGGCCCUGCUGGUGGAGAGAGCUGCCAAAGCGGCAUGCGCUGGAAGGCCCCAUGCGGAUGUAGUUGCUCACAUCUCUGCAGUCCUGGAAGAUGCUUUGAGCUACCAUGUGGCCACCGAGAUGCAGGAGAGACACACUGUUCCAUCAAAGACAGACCUUUUCCAGAGUCAUGCCCGGAACGGCAUGGUUUAUCUUUUAAACAAGUGGCCAGACAUGAAGAGCAAGCUGACCAUUCUUUUCAACCACCCUUUACCCAUGGAACUCAGGGAGGUAGCCUGGAAACUGUAUCUCUCCAAUACCAAAGCCCAGCUGGAUUACUUGAUGGCUGCCUCUGUGAACCAGGAAAGGUCCAAACGAGACUUGGACAUUUGCCUGCAGUGUGACUCACUUUUUUCCACAGGACCCAUGUUCCACAAUCUCAGCAACAAUGAGUUAGCCAUUAAAGUGAUGAAAAAGGUCCUCUCCUACUACCACCGAGUUCAGCAGCUGAAGAGUGCGCUUCCAGAGGCUGACUGCCUGUUGCUGGUGCCUCUGCUGGAGGUGGCGCUGGCCCGCUCCUCUCCCUCCACCUCUGCACACUCGGUGGCCACUCUACUGGUGCAGCAGUAUCUCACUUUCAUGAAUUCUCGUCCUGGGACAUGUUCCGGAACUGAAAGUGGUGAUACUUUUGAGGAAGUUGCUUCAAUGCUUAACCAAAAAGACAAAGAGCUUGCAUGUGUAAUAAGGAGGGUGAAUUCACCAAAAGAUGGUCAGAUAAAAGACCCGCUGCUUAAAGGUGUGAAGGAGAUCCUGCAGCCUAUCAUUCAAGUCUUUUUUGUUGGUUACUUGGACCUGCCUGCCCUGCUGUAUGUUUGGGAUCAGUACAUUAUUGGACUGGACAGCCCCCUGUACAAGUGUCUUCCAGCGUUUGCCUUUGCGUUUCUGGUGCUCCUGAGGGAGCACUUCCAGGGCUGCAGCACCAGCUCUGAGAUGACAGAGGUGACAAGAUCUCAAGGACACAAGCUUUCAGUGGCCCAGUUACAGAACAUCAUAAACAUUUUUUUUUAUGAAGAUUUGUUCAGUAAAUUAACGCAAGACAAGGUACAAUGUUUUCCUGUUCUGGAUCCAACUCAAGCUUUCCUCCCUCCAUGGACUAAUUUGUUAAGCAGCAAGUUAACCAUGAGAACAAAGCCUUGUGACAGACGACAAGCUAGGGAAAUAAGAGAGGCACAGAGUGCAGCUGAAACAGAGAGAAAGAAGCAAGCUCAGCACCAGAAGCUUAUGGAAGAGGCAGAAAUCAGGAUAGAGCAGCUGAGGCUACAGAGGGACUUAGAAGAGACCAGACGCAUUAGUAGAGAACAGAGGGCUCACCUGGAGGAACAGCUGGCUCAGGAACGGCAGCGGCACUAUGAGACUGAAAAGACAGCUAAAGAGCGUAUUGACCAGUUACAGGCUGAAGCCAGAAGCAUUCAGGAGCAUAAACCGCUCAUUAAAGAGACAGAAGGAAGCUUUGGAACCCCACCUCCACUGACUGAGUGCCAAAUAGAUGCUCAGGACAGUUAUGGUCCAGUUCCAGAACAUCAUAGAACACCACCGCCAACAGCAGAUGCAAAAGACAUAGCAUCAAGCCAGAAGGAUACCCUGACCAUUAAUAGAACUGUUGAGGGUGUGGCGGCAGAUCUUCUUAAGAGCCUGGUCCAGUCUGCUGGUACAAGAUUCUAGAAGGAGAUCUUUGUGAAAACUGAAAACUCUCAAAUGCAAGACCAUAACCUUGGAGGUGGAGUGGACCCCCACCCCCCCACUUUUUUUAAUUGUAUCUUUUCUUGAGAUUAAAUAGAGGAUACCCUUA